AUGGCUACGCCCGCGUCCCCGAUCCCGGACGUGACGGCGAUCCUGGGGCCCAUUCUCAUCGGCUCAGCGAUCUCGUGGGUGUUCUGGGGCCUGCUGACGAUGCAGGUCAUUCAAUACUACGUUUCGUACAAACGGGAUCGCACGCCUUUGAAGACUUUGGUUGGCGUGGUUUGGGUCCUGGAUGGGGUUCAUGCCAUCGUAUCCUUCUAUGCCGUCUACCGAUGUCUCGUGAACGAUUUGGAGAGUUUCCGCCACGAGCCGUCGUCACCAUUCUGGUGCAAGGAUUCUGCUUUUGGCGUAUAUGGCAGCGUAGCGCGAUUGCCGGCAGGCUCAUACGGCAUUCCGACAGUGUAUCGCAACCCCAUUCCCGUCGCUCUGUUUCUAUCAUGGUCGUGCCAGCACCUGUCGUCCGAUGAGCUCACUGGUGCCGUCCAGGGAACGUCCUACGGCUACCUUGCGGACGUGCUGAUCGCGGAUACGACGAUGGCAACGAUGUUGUCUCUCCUGCUCUAUUUCCAACGCCGGAAAACACCUUAUAAAAGGACCAGCCAGAUGCUCACCCGCCUGCUCUUCUACUCCGUCAACACGGGUACCUGGACGGCCGUGUUCGUGAUUGCGACCAUAGUUCUCUGCAAACACCCCAAGGAGACCGACUGGUGGGCGGCCAUCCUCGACCAGAGCAUCUGUGGCGUCUACAGCAACACCUUGCUCGCGAAUCUCAACGCGCGCGACUUCGCCGCGGGCGAGCGGGACGUGACGCUCUCGGCGCGGCGGACGUCGGCGCUGGGGGCGGAGUGGAUGUCGCGGGGGGCGGAGUGGGCGUCGCGGGGUGAUUCGUCGGCGACGGAAGACGUAUUAGCGUUUGCGCACACGAAGCGGAGUCAGGUGAGUUAG